GGCGGAGGUGUGGUAGUCUACACCUGGUUCACAUUAGCUUGAUUGACUCUCUGUCCUUUAUAGAGGGCCGGAGGUUCAGGUCUGGUGAUCUCUCAAUCCUCACAUCCAGAAAAGUUCACAAUGAUGAUGCGUGCAGCCGUGGGUCUCUGGGUCCUAUCAGUGGUGAUCUGCGCCAACAGCGUCUCCCUGGUGAACGAAGCAAACAAAGAGUUUUCCUUCCGACUCUACAGGAAGUUGGCAGCUCAUGCUGACUCUCAGGGAAAGAAUAUCUUCUUCUCCCCAUUCAGUGUGUCAACCGCCUUGGCUGCGUUGUCCGUGGGAGCGCAGGGGCAGACUCACCGUCAGCUUUUCAGUGGUCUGGGCUUCAAAAGCUCCCUGACGCAGACAGAUGUGGACCAGGCCUUCCAGACAUUCCUUCAGAUGGCCAACAACUCCUCUCAGGAGGACGCCAGCGAAGGGACAGCUGUGUUCGUGGACAACCGCUUCAAGCCGAAACCAAAGUUCCUGCAGACCCUGAAGCGGUCGUACUUUGCCGAUGGGUUCAAUGUGGACUUCAGCCAAGCCACAGAAAGUGCUGAUACCAUCAAUAAUUAUGUGACUGAGAAGACCAAUGGGAAGAUUGACCAGCUGGUGGAAAACCUGGAUCCAAACACAGUCAUGUAUCUCAUCAGCUACAUCUACUACAAAGGAAAGUGGGCAACUCCGUUUGACCCUGAACUCACCGAGCAGGACGACUUCAACGUGGACAAGAACACAAAGGUUCCAGUCUUCAUGAUGAAUUUGGAGGAUCAUUUCUACAUUUAUUAUGACGACAAGUUGAAGACUACGGUCCUUCGGCUCUCCUUCACCAGCUCCUACUCCAUGCUGCUGAUGUUGCCUGACGUCAUGGUAACGCUGGAAAACGGCAUCUGCCCGAACCACGUCACCGAAUGGUUGACUACAACUAUAAUGAAACCCAGGAGAUAUAAUGUAUAUAUUCCAAAGUUCUCCAUCAAGACUUCCUACAACCUCAACGAUGUGCUGUCAGAAAUGGGAAUGACAGACAUGUUUGGUGUUCGUGCAAAUUUGAGAGGCAUUUCAGCGAAGAAACGACUUGCUGUCUCUGAUGUUGUGCACAAAGCUACGCUGGACGUGGACGAGACUGGAGCCAAAGCUGCAGCUGCCACAGGCAUCGGCAUCGGACUGACCGCCAUCCGGUUCCCUGUCCCUGUGUUGAAGUUCAAUCGUCCAUUCAUGGUCAUCAUCGCUGAAAGUAACACUGAGAAAAUCCUCUUCUUGGGCAAGAUUAUCAACCCAAACAUCUGAUGGAUCAUCACUUUGUUUGCUUGAGCAGAGCUGUUGCAUCUCCAUAUAAAGCAAUCCGAAAAAACUUU